AUGUCUGUUGCUUUGUUUUGGGUUAUUUCUCCCACUUCUGAGGUUUCUGGUAGCAUCGGAUUCUUGGAGUCUGUCCGGGAGGGUAACCGGAAUCUAGACUCAUCCUGGCCCAUUUCUCAGGGUAAGAACUUGAUUUGCAAUGGCAGAUUCUGCAAGGGCAGAAAAUAUACCCGGAAUUUAAGUUAUCUUAAUGUAGAUUCAAGGUAUUCUUGCUUGGGCGAGUCGAAUUCAGGGGAUGGAAGAAAUCUUUCUGUCAUAUCAAGUAUGGUAGCUAGCCCAGCUGGAGAAAUGACACCAACCUCAGAACAGAAAGUUUAUGAUGUGGUUUUGAAACAGGCGGCCUUGGUUAAGAGGCAGUUGAGAUCCAAUGACAAUUUGGAAGUAAAGCCGGAUAUUGUUCUUCCAGGUUCUCUUAGCUUGUUGAGCGAAGCAUAUGAUCGUUGUGGUGAAGUAUGUGCCGAGUAUGCCAAGACAUUUUACUUGGGCACCUUGUUGAUGACUCCCGAGAGGCGAAGAGCUAUUUGGGCUAUCUAUGUGUGGUGUAGGAGAACAGACGAGCUUGUUGAUGGACCAAACGCGUCACAUAUGACACCUGAAGCAUUGAAUCGUUGGGAGGCGAGGCUGGAAGAUGUUUUCCGAGGGCGGCCUUUUGACAUGCUUGAUGCUGCUUUAUCAGAUACAGUUUCCAAGUUUCCUGUCGACAUUCAGCCGUUCAGAGAUAUGAUUGAAGGAAUGCGGAUGGAUCUCUGGAAAUCAAGAUACAAAAACUUCGACGAGCUUUAUCUAUACUGUUAUUAUGUCGCUGGUACUGUCGGAUUAAUGAGUGUUCCAGUAAUGGGAAUUGCACCCGAAUCCCAGGCAACUACCGAGAGUGUUUAUAAUGCUGCUUUGGCAUUGGGGAUUGCAAAUCAGCUGACGAACAUACUCAGGGAUGUUGGAGAAGAUGCAAGAAGAGGAAGGAUCUACCUGCCGCAGGAUGAAUUGGCACAGGCAGGGCUUUUGGAUGAUGACAUUUUUGCUGGGAAAGUAACCGAUAAAUGGAGAAAUUUUAUGAAAAAGCAAAUCACAAGGGCAAGGAAAUUCUUUGACGACGCAGAGAAAGGUGUCACAGAGCUCAGCGCAGCUAGCAGAUGGCCGGUGUGGGCAUCGUUGCUUUUAUAUCGCCAAAUAUUGGAUGAAAUCGAAGUGAAUGACUACAACAAUUUCACAAGGAGGGCAUAUGUAAACAAACCAAAGAAAAUUCUUGCUUUGCCUAUUGCAUAUGCAAAGUCUCUGGUUCCUCCAUCAAGAACUUCAUCUCCUUUUGUCAAGGCAUGA